UCUCUAAUACCUUGCCCGUUUGUCUCUCUGUCUGUUCCUGUGAAACUUCGUUAUCUGGGUUGUUGCUUUACCACUUUUCUUUUUACCAUCUCUCUGAUCUCUUGCUGCUUUACACCAUACCCUCCAUUAAUAAUUUUACCCUGCUUUUCACUCUCCUCCUCUCUCUCUCUCUCUCUCUCGCGCACGCUCUCUCUCUCUCUCACCCCCCCUUCUCCUCCUCUUUUUAUACCCUCCCACGCUCGCACCCACGCACACGCCACACAUAGAAGAGAGAAACAAGUCACUACAACACACUCGGUUGGAAAAGAAGAUACCUCAAUAUUCUCAAAAACUUAUCAUUGUCAUUACUUCUUUUUCUGCUCCGGCUGCCAUGGAAGAGAAUUACUUCUACAAGAGGACUCAGGUUCCUGCAUUUGGAAGCUGGGACUGGGAUGAAAGCCUUCAAUUCACACAGUGCUUUGAGUCUGCUAGACAAGCUGGGUUAAUGCGAAACAGUUACUCUGAUGAUUCCGAGGAGCGUGAUUUGUACGUUGCUGGGGAUUUAUAUGAAAAUGAUGUUGUUAUCCCCGCCAUGAUCGUUGUUCCUCGCAGAAGGACGCACGUUUCAGGUCACUCAACGUUCGAGGCAAAGGUGCGGAAACAGAAUGAAAAGGAAGGGAAAAAGCAGAACUGGGUUAGUAGUGAUGUGAAGGAGACAUCAACAAUAAGCCCUGAAAAGCCAAACCCAAAACCUGUGGACGAGGACCUCUAUAAAAUAUCACCAGAGCUUCUUUAUGCAAAAACCAGAAAGAAGCGAGGGUUUGGCUUCUUUUCCAGCUGCUUGAUGCCGACUUGCUCCUUCUGAACCAUUAUAUUAAUCUAAAAGUGAGACGAUGAUGUUUUUCUGGUCUACUUUAUUAUGAGCUCUUUUGAAUCCAAUGUACAUAGAGAGGAGAUGAUGAUGAUGAUUAUGGAAGGUCGUCUUUUAGGGAUUUUUCUUGAGUUUGAUGUUAUGAUGGAAGGGUUCGAGUUUAAUUAACAAUAUUAUUGUAGUGCAAUAUUUUGUUUGUGGUUUAUUUAAUUAAUUAGGAGGUGAAAUAUUUUGGUGUUGGCGUGAGUAGGAGUGAACUUUUGUGACGGAAAGAGCUGUGUAAAGUGAAAGGAAAGGGACAAAAGUUCAACUUAUAUGAGUAUAUUCCUUCGUCAUCAA